GAUCCUGGACCCAGGUUGCUCUCUGCACCAAGUCAGCCUGCAAGGCCUCCAGGGACCAAUUUGCCGACAGCUGGACUUGAUCACCAGCUUGCAAACUGAGAUCAUGCAUUGGGUGGAAUAACAAGCAGACUGUGCAAGACACUGUUUUUAAAGGAUUUGCCACAGCAGUGGAUAGAAAGCAGGAGAUCACCAUCUAAACCCUUGAGUCUUCUUCGAGAACUAUAACAUAAGAGAGUCCACCCCUAGGUGGUUUCCAGGAUGAUGGUGGCCUUUCGCCGAGCUUCUGUUUUGCUGGUUCUGUUCCUCGAAGCUUUUCUGCCCCCACCACAGUGUGCCCAGGACCCAGCGAUGGUGCAUUACAUAUACCAGCGCUUUCACGUCUUGGAGCAAGGGCUGGAAAAAUGUACCCAAGCAACGAGGGCAUACAUUCAGGACUUCCGAGAGUUCUCCAAAAACAUAUCGGUUAUGCUGGGAAGAUGUCAGACCUACACGAAUGAGUAUAAGAGUGCAGUAAAUAACCUGGCACUGAGAGUCGAACGUGCCCAGCGGGAGAUUGACUACCUAGAAUACCUUCGAGAAGCAGACGUGUGUCUAGAAUCAGAGGACAAGACACUGGCAGAAAAGCUACUUCAAGAAGCUGAAGAAGAGAAAAAGAUCCAAACUCUGCUGAAUGCAAGCUGUGACAACAUGCUGAUGGGCAUAAAGUCUCUGAAAAUAGUGAAGAAGACUAUGGACACAGAUGGCUCUUGGAUGAAAGAUGCUACCAGUAACUCUCCAAAGGUAUAUUUCUUAAUUGGAUCCAGAAACAACACUGUUUGGGAAUUUGCCAACAUGCAGGCAUUCAUGGAGGAUAGCACCAAGACAGUUCCCCGGAAGCUCAUCCUAACACUUUCCUGGCAGGGAACUGGCCAGGUGAUCUACAAAGGUUUUCUAUUUUUUCACAACCAAGGGACUUCUAAUGAGAUCAUCAAAUAUAAUCUGCAGAAGAGGACUGUGGAAGAUCGAAUGCUGCUCCCAGGAGGGGCAGGCCGAGCACUGGUCUACCAGCACUCCCCAUCCACUUACAUUGACCUGGCUGUGGAUGAGCAUGGGCUCUGGGCCAUCCACUCAGGGCCAGGCAUCCAUGGCCAUUUGGUUCUCACGAAAAUUGAGCCUGGCACACUGGGAGUGGAGCAUUCCUGGGACACUCCAUGCAGAAGCCAGGAUGCUGAAGCCUCAUUCCUCUUGUGUGGGGUUCUCUAUGUGGUCUACAGUUCUGGUGGCCAGGGCCCUCAUCGUAUCACCUGCGUCUAUGAUCCUCGGAGAACUAUCAGGGAGGAGGACCUGCCCAACUUAUUCUUCCCCAGGCGACCAAGAAGUCACUCCAUGAUCCAUUACAACCCCAGAGAUAAGCAGCUCUAUGCCUGGAAUGAAGGAAACCAGAUCAUUUACAAACUCCAGACAAAGAGAAAGCUGCCUGUGGAGUAAUGCAUUACAGCUGGAAGGGACAGCACCGUGGCACUGACAGCUGCUCUCUAGGACACUGAGGCCACAGCCCUUUCACAAUACAAUAUCCCUCUAAUCACACACACAGGAAUAGUAUCUAGAAGUGAGAAUACACAUGCAUCCUUUCCCAGAUGUCACUGGUAUCUUCCCAGAGCUUAGAUGAGAGUCUAUCAUUAGGAAAUUUUCAACAAUGUCCAUUACUUAUCCAAACCUCUUUGCUCUCAAGGCUUACCACAUUCUGAUCCGGCUUCCAGAUGUCUCUUCUACUGCUCUCCAGCAUUUACUCUAACUCUGCCCUCUUCUCCCCAACACUUAGAAUUGUAUGCCAUCCUCUAAUAUUGGCUUUUCCCUCCUCUGGCCUUUGCUAAAGCUUCUCCCUCUUUCUUAAAUGCCUAUUGAUAUUAUUACAUUUUUCACUGCCCAGUUAAAGUACUAUUUCUUAUUGAUGUUUAAUCUCUAUUUACUCUAGCCCUGCCCAUCCACCAAGCUAGGUGGAUGUAAUAAUAGAAUAAAAACAUUAACAUAUGAAUACCACUUUCCAGUUACAAAGUGUUUGCUCAUCAUUUAAUUCUCAUCUCGCCCUUGCAAGAUAUGCACAAGUCUUUACAAUUGCUGUUCUAGAGGUGAGGAGAGUUUAUUUAGGUGAGUCAUUCAAAGUAAUAUAACUACAAAGUGAAAGGCAGAAAAUACUACAAAUUCCAUAGUAUUUCCAUUGCCCAAGGAAGCAUCAAAUAUGUCUGUUUGCCCAGCCUUUUAUAACCAAUGUGUUCACCAUUUCAGCCUAAAAAUAAUAGUCUGUCCCUUUAGCAAGUUUUCAUGUCUGAACGAGACCUUCCUACAGGCCUUUCAAAAGCUGCUUUCUUCAGAACACCAGUCUAAGGGCGAGGAUCCCACCUCUAGGUUCAUCUUAUCUUACUGUCCUCUGCUUCCCUCUUGCUUUAAACACAAUAAAAGUGACUCUAAGCAAAUAACCUCAUCAGGUUAUAUUUGCCUAGAUACCUUCAGCAUAAAUCUUUCAGGGAGUUCUUCCUGUGCUGGAUUUACUGUAAUCAAUCCCCAACACAAUGAGGCCCUUGGUAAAUAUUCUGGAAUCUGGAUGGAAGCCAGCUAGCAGGCAAGUGACUCUGCCGCAGCAGGCGUGCUGUGUGGCACAGAGGGCAGCGUGCCUCUCGAGAGGGGCUUCUUCAAAGUGUUUUCUAUGAGUUUGCUCAAUUCAGCUGAGUUCAGGUCACAAGUGCAGGCUGUGGUGCCAGUCUGUGUCACGUGCUGAGGUCUCUGUCUCUCCAGGUUGAUCACAUGAGAGGGUUUGCUUGUUGUGCUUGCAGCUGUUUUCUCGUCUUUGCCAAGCACAGGCUGGGACCAUAGGCAGUAAGGAGAGAUCUUUAUUUUUUUUUUUUUCACAGCAUUAGAGUAGAUCUUCAGCAGAAUGGAAUUACUCAACCCACAGACACAGCAUAAUUACCACAGUUUUAACAGAAUGGUACAGAGAGCCCAAAUCUUUGUGGAAUGAGGCAGGUGUGAAUAAAUAAAACAUGGUGAUAUGA